CGUGGUGACUUUACCGAAAGAACCAAGAAUAUGGAUCCCUGCAGUCACGAAAGCUUUAAAUCGAGAUCACUCGGCGUUCGCCGCGGUCGCCAGCUGUUAGACGGCAACUCCGACCACACGGGCGCACGCUUGGAACGCGCUUGCCCUUUCGAGCAUGUGGCCGCACAGCGCUACAAGUGAAAGACGCAAGUGCUACGGAAUAAGUAAUGUGUAGGUCUACGCGCGUUCAUAAAUCUAAGCGAACAGAGAAGCAAUAACAAACAAACAAAAAACCUCACCAUACUUCACCUUUCCAGCGCACGUGUUCGCGGUGUGCUGUUUUUUUGUUGUUCAUUCCUUUUGACGCAGUAGUUUUCCACGGCUGUAAAUCCUGAAGGUAAAAGUCCGUCGUAACGUAACCGGCGGCGAUGCCGGCAGCGACCACAAAUCGUCACCCUCAUUAGAACCACGGUCACUCGGGUAUGACAAAGCGAGAGAUGCAUCCGUGGCAUUUGUCGAAUGCGUCAAACGUCUCCUCCGUGCCCUCGCACGCUUCCUAAAGCGCAUAAAUGAAGCAGCCUCGGUCGUGUAAUCCGCCUUGCGAUCAAUUUCUACUGGCCCUAACCCUUCAAGAAUAAUAAUAAUAAGGGUCACAUCAAACCAAAUGAGUACAUUCUGCAGGCUAUCACGAAGGCUACUGGCUGUCUCCCUGCAGGGUGGAGUCCACGACAGUUUCACGGCAGGGGUGCGAUGCUGCGUUGUGGCUUUACACACUUCAAUAAUUAGACUUUUUUUAAUUUCGCCGACACACCGCAGCCUCCGUCUUUUUCGAACAACGUCACGGCCGGGUCUUUAACGUCAUCUGCUAAGCAGACGGCGCGAUGUGUCUUUUUUUUAAUCUUCUCCUGAUUCGGUUCGUAGCAAAUUAUUGUGAACGUCCCCGUACAAGAUAAGCAGGUGUACAUCUGAUGAGGUGGGUAGCCGGGGGAUGGAUGUGGAGGUGACGAGGUGUGUGUGUGUGUGUGUGCAAACAUCAGCACUGGGGAGACAAAGGCGGCCGGACGUGGUGUUCACCACACACCACCUCGUGUACCGCGGCGGCCUCAACCGGCGCUCGCCAAACAGCACUUGCCCCCGACAGUGUGUUAAAGGCUAUACGGGGGUGGGGGAUCCUUUGUCUUUGUCGUUCGUGUCGGGGGCGCGCGCAGGGCACAGCCCGGAGGAGCCUCGGGCGCGUCGCGGAGGAGCGGCGAGCGCCGCUCGGCCCCGCAAGGAGCGCACGGCCUUCACCAAGGAGCAGCUGCGGGAACUGGAGGCGGAGUUCGCGCACCACAACUACCUCACGCGGCUGCGCCGAUACGAGAUCGCCGUGAACCUGCAGCUCACCGAGAGACAGGUGAAGGUGUGGUUCCAAAACCGGCGCAUGAAGUGGAAGCGCGUCAAGGGCAGCCAGCUGGGUACGGGGGCGCAGGAGGGCGAGCUGCCCGCCGACGUCCACAAGGAUCCGCUGCUGCCCUCCGAGCUGCCCACAGGCCUCCGGGCGGGCGGCACUCACGGCCACUCCGCCGGGGACGCCAGCGGCUACGACAGCGAAGACGGCUCGGUCUGAGCUCAGUCCCCGGGCGUCGUCGUUGCCGGUCGCGGCCGCCAAAUUCUGGGAGGGAAAGCGCAAAGUGUGCGAAGGGUGCGGACGGCUCACUUAGCACGCGAGCGUGCUCGCGCGUGCGUGUCGGUGGGCUCACGCACAUCUGUGGGCAUUCCAAGGGGACAUGUGGACGGAAGUGGUCCCUGCUUCGGACUAAAGGACCCCCUGCUGCUGCCCUCCGGGCUGCCUUCCGGCCUCCCGGGGGGCGCGGCUCACGGCCAUCCCGCACAUACGAUUAGCACGGUUGGCUACGUAUGGUGCGAAAGAAGUUCAACAUACAUGCAUAAAAUAGGGCUCCUACCGUAAAAAAACAGCACUGCCACACAUUCUGAACGAACUCGAUUGCCCGCAACUUACGUAUCUGAAAGGAAGCCCUACUUUUGCAAAUGGAAACAAUCUAAUAUUCUUUUGUAAAUGUAUAUUUUUGAUAUGUUUUUGCUAUAAUCGCUCGGCCAUAUGGAACAAUGCCUCGUGUCAUAAAACAGUGUGCCUUCCGUCGGUAAUGUUUGUACCUGGAUAUAGUUGGAAUUCAUUGAUGAAAGUUGUUUCGUGCUGAAAACUCGUUUUUAGAAUGAGCUACUGCUAAAACGUGCACAGAUGUAUGGCCAGUGCCUUGACGUUAGAGGUGCCGAGUUAGAAAUACGGUUGGAAGAAUGUGUACGCUUGCAUGCACUUAUACCAACGUAUUCCCAGCGUGUUUUACCAGCCCCUAAUGUGUAUUUCAUCGUGCCUUGAUAACAGCGGUAAACAUUUACACGUUUACGACUGGCAAUCGGCACGUUCAAUUACACUGGGUUAAUGUAGCAUUCGCCAUCGUUAUCAUCGGGCUUGGUCAAUCCGCUGCUGGAUGAAAGCCUCUUCCGCUAUCUCUCACGAUCUGCGAUGUAAUAAUCCACCGAGCACAUGAGCGGAGUUCGUCGCUCCAUCUCCUCGGCUGGCGGCCUCUUGCGACGCUCUCAACGGUUUUAAUGGAUUAUUUAGUUUUUCUUUUAGUGCUCCGGAGGACGAUGUUUACAGGGUGACUUUUUUCUCUCAAGAUAGACAUUAACGACGAUGCUCUAAUUCCUCUCCAUCCUGCGCGUGCGUGCGUGUGUGCGUGCGUGUGUGUGUUCACACAGUUAAUUCACACGGUCAGUAAUGAGCACAAUGAGCACCGACCGUACCAAGGUGUCGAUGCUCAUUUAUGCGCGCGGUGCCGGUUCACGUGUACUGAGUCGCGAUUACUUUUUUCCACAAUGUCCACGCUGCCACCCAGCAAAAAGGAAAAAAAAAGAGUUGACUGGCAUUUUCGCAGCUGGCGUCGAGACUCUAUAACCGUGCUACGGCCCAACGCCGCGCGUCCCAACCAAAAUAAACAGAGCCGUUGUAUAAUUGCUUCAUUAUUCAUGCACGAGAAUAAAGGCAUCGUAA